AGUUAAUUAAAAUUUGUUUUUAAAGGAAUGAAAACGUGCUUCUGUGGUGUGGCUGCGCCCAUUUCUGUUUAUAGUGAGAGAACUGAGGCUCCGAGGGUGUGGGUGCCACGCCCUUGACCAGUUGGCCUGUAAGCAGAGGGGCUGAUUGGAAACCUGCUCUGUCCGCCCCCAAACCUGAGCUGCUUCGUCUGUCACACGUGGACAUCCAUGGGUUAGGUUUAACUGUAGGCGAUUGCAAUAUUCAACCUUUUUUGACCUAUGAAAAUGACCAUUGUGUAUGGUUGAACCCAAUAUUAAACACAUCCUUCUCCCUGCCUUUUCUCACCCCUCCCUUCGGCUCUGAUGUCACCUGCAUAGCUUGCCCACCUUCCUGCUGGCGCUCCCUCUCUUCUCACCCCUGCAGGUGUCUCCCCUUCCACUGCCAUCUGGAAGCCUGUCCUCUUUGCCCCGCUGCUGCCAGGCACCUCCCAACACCACAGAGAUUGUCCAUGGGCAGAGAACAUAGGUCCCCACCUCAGGUCUGCUGCCAAACAGAAACAUCUGUAAAGAUGUGGAUGCUGAUUUUUUUUAACGGCUUUAUUGAGGUAUCAUUUGCAUGCUAUAAAAUACACCCAUCGUAAGUGUAUAAUUCAGUGAUCUUUUUCAUAAAUAUACAAAGUUGUACAACCCUAACCACAAUUCAGUUUUUAGAACAUUAAGGGGAAGCUGGUUUUAGAUGGUUGACAGGUGAAUUGGACCCCAUGGUAUAUAAUCAGCCCACGUGAAUCAGCUGCUCCCAGCUCUGAAGGCAGAGUUAGAGAAACUGGACAGUGAGCGCCGAGAAAGUGAAGGAUGGGAAUAACUUACCGUGGCCCCAGGCCGCGCUGAGUGACAUGCUAGACGGUGGCCUCAGCAGGCUGCACAUGGAGGGCAGUGUGUCAGGGCUGGGGGACCGGGAGCUGGGUGCACAGAUGAGUAGGUUUGACAGGAGUCCCAGGGUGCUCUGAGAGCAGAGGAGGCUGGCAGGGGACAUCCACCAGCAGGAAGAUGCAGAUACCAGUGCUGGGGGCAGAGAGAUGGAUUUAUGAAAUAGCAUUUUCAGUUUUGAAUUGUAAAAAUAGAUGUGUGAAGCUUUUUUCGUUUCUUUCUAAACAAGGAACAAAGUUGGUGUUUUUUUAAAUUUGUAUGGUUGCCUAGGGUGGGGUGUGUGUGUGCUUUUUAACUAAAUCUGUCCCCCUCGUGUGCCAGGGGCUUGCUUUGUACUCUUUUUGGUGGAUGCUGACACUGUACUGUUAUUUAUAACAUUUUUUAUAGUUUGGGGUAACUUUUCUGUUUUAAGCACAUAGCAUCACAAGCUCCCAGAUUCCAAUCCCAACAGAGCAUCUGGUCCACCCGCUGUCCCCCAGCACAAUGAUACUAAAAGACCCUGAGAGUCUACGCAUUUGUCCCCUCUCUCUGACCUAAAAAAGGGAGGUGUCACAACUUACAAUUUUUCUGUAUGUCUCACUUAACCCUCCCUCACCCAUCAGACAGAAGGGUGUUCACUCUCUUCCUAUCCUGGGUGGAAGUCAAGGACGGUGCAGUGACUAUGAAACAGUACUUUGUAUACUGAAAAUUGCAUUUGAAAUCUCUCCUCAGCCUGUCCUGGCCCAAACUCCUUACUCGCUUACGCUGUGUCCACCCCUGGGACCGUCUCUGGGUUUCUGCUCUGAUGGUGCUGUGGUUUUGCAGCUCACUCUCAGCUGCACCCAUGCCCCUGGGGAUGGGAGGGUCUGUCUGGUGCCUCGCUGCUGUAGUCUCUGCUUCUCCGAGCAUGGCCUGGGCUCUGGCUGGGCCCUGCUUGAACCCCACCCUCACUUUUAUAUGAUGGCUCUUAAGCCGGCCCCCGUAGUGAGGCAGGAUGCAGGCUUCUGGGGCCAGAGUGCCGUAGAGUGUCCUUUGCUUUGUUUCCCCUCCGCCAUCCUUAUCCUUCCCUUUUACUCAUAUCUGUGCCUUUGCCUGGCAUCCUGGGUCUACCCUCAGUGCACCCCCAGAAGCUGAGCUCUCCUCUGCAGCCCUCCUCCCCACCGCCAGCUACCCUGCUUCUGCCUGGCUGCUCCCCAGGGCAGUGUCCUCACCCCUACCCCCUGCAGUCUGCUCCCAGCAUGGCAGCCCGAGCAGCCCCCUGCUCAAGUCAGCCGACUGUCACUUUGCAGCCCGCUCUGGGCACUAGGGCCUGUGCGCCUGCCGGUCCCUCUGCCAGCAAACUGUGUAAACACCACCUGUGAGCCCCUGUUCAGAGUGGCCCCACCUGUCUCUCCUGCCACAUGCCCCGUCUUCUUUGUCCCGCUCUGCUUUCCCUUCUCCGUACCUUUUGGCACCUGAGAAUAGACGAUACUGUUCACUUAUUUUUUUCCGCCCUGUGGCAUUGCAUGCUUUUCCCCUGCUAGGGUGCACGCUCUCCUGAGAGCAGGAAUCCUGGGGUUUUUGUUGCUGUUGUCAGUGCAUUCUAAUGUCUAGAAUGUAGACAUUACAUACCACCUGGCAUGUAGUAGGUGCUCAGUAAAUACAGCAUCCAUGCAGGGGGCCUGCCUUUCUGUCUUCCUCUCUCCUCUCUCCACUUGGCUCCCCCAUCAAGCUGGGGCCCCCGACAGGCGUUACCCACUUGCUGUCACAGAUAAGAAGGCCAGUUGUCGGUGGUCAGGGUCAAGUGAGAUUCAUUCUCUGCCCAGUACCGCUUGUCUGCCUCCCCUAGGCCUGAGAUGACUCCCUGAAAACCACCUUCAGCAUCUUGCCAGCUGCACGGCUAUUAAACGUCUUCUGCGGUUACUGAUGAGCGUAUUCUACGAGAAGCCUGUGAGAAGCAAGAGCUCAUGUCUGUGCUGUCUGAGCAGUGAGGGAGGAUGCUGGAUGGAGCUAGACCAGCUCUGGGGUCCCUCCAGCUCUGGCUUCUCAGCAUCUUUCUCGGCAGCCAGGCCUGUCACUGUGCCACACGCACAAAUAAAGACUAGAUGUGUCUGACGGGAAGCCAGGGUGUUAGCAAAUUACUUUCUGCUAUGAAUCACAGGACAGUUGUGCUGGAAGAGAGCACUGUUUUUUCUUCCAGGGUUUGUAUCCAAGUAUAAUAGUGGUUUCCAGACUUACACAUGGCAGAUCCCACCGAAGCCGUUUAGAAUGGAAGAGAACGAGCCUCAUAGGUGCAGAAGCCCAGCCCGGAGAGUGGAGGAGCUCGCUCAGAGGCACACGGCGUGGAGGUCUGCAUAGGUGAAAGACAGAUUUCACACCAUAAAUUGCACAGAUGGUUACUUUUGUGGACAGUCGGCCACUGGUUCCAAGCAAGAGGGUUACCGUCACCAGUCUGCCCUGAUGUUUCUUAUAUUCUAAAUGCCAAGCAGGAUUCCUGGGAGCCCUGGAGGAGCUGCGACUCCAUAUGCACACCCUACAGGGUCCUGUCUGAAUACCACUGGAACCUUUGAGAAGAGCCUUGGGGUUUCACUAAUUGCUGUUCAGUGGCCUGGCCCUCUGUCCUACGUUUUCUCUCUCUUAUGAUGGUUACGGAGGGUGCGCAUUCCUGCAGCAGAGGAGGCACCCCGAAGAAACAGGGUGCUGUGCACACAAAAUGCUGUGACCGACCUUCCUUCUCAGCUGAGUGCAGGACUCGGCUCUAUCUGCUGCACCAGCUGAGGAAGCCAGAAGGCCCGACUUCUGACCUCCCCCAAAUACAAGGCUGGAGCACCUUUUCAUCCUUCCUCAUCUUAGCUGGCUGCUCCUCAGCCAGAGGCUCUCAAAAGGAGCUCAGCCCAGGCCCCUCCUUUAGCUCCCCUCCGCUGGUGAGAUGAACAGGCCACCUCAGAUCAGGAAGCCCCCAGUCUGUGUUGAGGCAGGAAGGGGAGACAGGGUCCACAGAGACAUUUAUUCCGGGACAGAAGAUGGUACAAGAUCGUGCUUCACAGCCAGUGCAAGGGGGCUGAUUAGUUCUGCUUGGGCAGGUCAGGAAGGCUUCCUGGAGGAGGCAAUGUCUGGGCAAGGCCUCAGACAGAGAAAGCGAGGAAAGGUGUUCUAGGUGGAAUGAGCUCAGGGGAGUGCAAGUUGCUGGGAGUCCCACGAGGAGCAGCAAGCCUGGGGCAGGGAGGAGGUCUUCUGUGACAGCUGAGGUUUAGGUUUCAUGGGCCAGAGGAAACAGACCUCCUGAAACUCCUUGGAAUUUAAUAUUUAACCCUCUCAGUAUUGAUUUGCUCUCCUGCCGGUGUGUCCUUGGAGUGCUUUUCAGAUCCCAUGGAAACCUCUCGUAGCCCACACGGCACAGCCCUGCCUUCCUUCAGGGGGCCCCCGGGAACUUGUGAGGGCUGGGUGUGCCCGAGGCUUGCUGACCCCCACCCUGGCAACCGAGGCACAGGCUCAGAGUCCGGCUUGUGGGGAGCCGUCCUCCUGCUGAGAUUGUGCUUUUAAAACUCAAGAGCCCUGUCUUCCCGGCCCUGCGGCCCUCCCAGUCCUGCCCCCAGCUCCAUCCUGCUCACCGUGUGGUGUGGAGGCUAAGGGUCGGCCACUCCGGCUUCAUGAGCCAUUCUUGUGUUCUUUUCCCCUACCUCUGUUGGUUUUAUUCUAUUUUUCCUGGCCAUAAUUCUCUAAUCCUGUGUAUAAAUGUACGCGUGUGUGUGUGUGUGUGUGUAUAUAUAUAAUUUUCAUAUCUGCAAAAAGUUUGGGGCCUUUGAAUGGGAGGGAAGAAAUAAGAAAAAGAAAACUAAUCUUGCAGGCAUUUUAAUUGUUCUAAAAUUUCCUCUUUCAUCCUUGAGAGAGAAGGUUCAGAAAAGCAACCAAGUGCUGUUUCAAACUACCCCAUUUCCAUCCUGCUUCUUUGCCUCUGUGCUGCUUUUUGGAUCCAGAAACGAGGUCUCCAGUCCAUGUGCGGUGCUGGGGCACUUGGGCCGGGAGCCGAGGCUUUCCUUUCCCAGGAAGCUGCAGAGUUUGGCUGACACCAAGCCCAGCUGAGCGUCACAGCGCGGCCCACACGCCGGCCUCCGAGCACCCACGGAUCUGCCUGGAGACCAGACUUUGUUAGUAAACUUCCUAGCGAUGGCCUGGGCACACAGAGAACGCGCCGCUGGCUGUGACAGCCACACCAUGGCUUCCAGCAGGCCUGCUCUCUGUGGCCGCCGCCGUCUGCAGAGGAGCGAAGAGAUGCUGUUUGUCAAAGGGAAGAGCAUGGAGGAAAUCAAGAAGGUGCUGCUCCUGGUGCUGGGCUGUGCCGUCCAGUGUGAGAGGAAAGAGGAGUUCAUUGAAAGAAUCAAACAGCUGGACAUUGAGACCCAGGCUGGCAUCGUGGCCCAUAUCCAGGAGGUGACUCACAACCAAGAGAACGUGUUUGACCUGCAGUGGCUGGAGCUGCCCGACGUGGCUCCGGAGGAGCUGGAGGCCCUCUCGAGGAGCAUGGUGCUCCACCUGCGGAGGCUCAUCGACCAGCGGGACGAGUGCAGCGAGCUGAUUGUGGACCUCACUCAGGAGCGUGACUACCUGCAGGCGCAGCAUCCACCCAGCCCCGUCAAGUCCUCCAGCGCUGACUCCACUCCCAGCCCCACCAGCAGCCUCUCCAGUGAAGACAAGCAGCACCUGGCCGUGGAGCUGGCUGACACCAAGGCCAGGCUGCGGCGCGUCAGGCAGGAGCUGGAGGAUAAGACAGAGCAGCUUGUGGACACCAGACAUGAGGUGGACCAGUUGGUGCUGGAACUGCAGAAAGUUAAGCAGGAGAACAUCCAGCUAGCAGCAGACGCCCGGUCUGCUCGUGCCUAUCGAGACGAACUGGAUUCCCUGCGGGAGAAGGCAAACCGCGUGGAGAGGCUGGAGCUGGAGCUGACCCGCUGCAAGGAGAAACUGCACGACGUGGACUUCUACAAGGCCCGCAUGGAGGAGCUGAGAGAAGAUAAUAUCAUUUUAAUUGAAACCAAGGCCAUGCUGGAGGAACAGCUGACUGCUGCUCGGGCCCGGGGCGAUAAAGUCCAUGAACUGGAAAAGGAGAACCUGCAGCUGAAAUCAAAGCUUCACGACCUGGAAUUGGACCGGGACACAGAUAAGAAACGAAUUGAGGAGCUGCUGGAAGAAAACAUGGUCCUCGAGAUUGCCCAGAAGCAGAGCAUGAACGAAUCUGCCCACCUUGGCUGGGAGCUGGAGCAGCUGUCCAAGAGCGCAGACUUGUCAGACGCCUCCAGGAAGUCGUUUGUGUUUGAGCUGAACGAAUGUGCGUCCAGCCGCAUCCUGAAGCUGGAGAAGGAGAACCAGAGCCUCCAGAGCACCAUCCAGGGGCUGCGGGAUGCGUCCCUGGUGCUGGAGGAGAGCGGCCUCAAGUGCGGGGAGCUGGAGAAGGAAAACCACCAGCUCAGCAAGAAGAUUGAAAAGUUACAGACCCAGCUGGAGAGAGAAAAGCAGAGCAACCAAGAUCUGGAGACCCUCAGUGAGGAGCUGAUCAGAGAGAAGGAGCAGCUGCAGAGUGACAUGGAGACCCUGAAGGCUGACAAAGCCAGGCAGAUCAAGGACCUUGAGCAGGAAAAGGACCACCUCAACCGAGCCGUGUGGUCGCUGCGGGAAAGGUCGCAGGUCAGCAGCGAGGCCCGCAUGAAAGACGUGGAGAAGGAGAACAAAGCCCUCCACCAGUCAGUGACAGAGGCCAAUGGCAAGCUCAGCCACUUGGAGUUUGAGAAGCGGCAGCUGCACAGGGACUUGGAGCAGGCCAAGGAGAAGGGAGAGCGGGCGGAGAAGCUGGAGAGGGAGCUGCAGCGACUCCAGGAGGAGAAUGGGAGGCUGGCCAGGAAGGUGACCUCCCUGGAGACGGCCGCUGAGAAAGUCGAGGCCCUGGAGCAUGAGAGCCAGGGCCUGCAGCUGGAGAACCGGACGCUGAGGAAGUCUCUGGACACAUUGCAGAACGUGUCCCUGCAACUUGAGGGCCUGGAGCGUGACAAUAAGCAGCUGGACGCAGAGAACCUAGAGCUGCGCAGGCUAGUGGAGACCAUGCGCUUCGCCAGUACCAAGCUGGCACAGAUGGAGAGGGAGAACCAGCAGCUGGAGCGUGAGAAGGAGGAGCUGAGGAAGAACGUGGAGCUGCUCAAGGCGCUGGGCAAGAAGUCAGAGCGCCUGGAGCUCAGCUACCAGAGCGUGAGCGCCGAGAACCUCCGGCUGCAGCAGAGCCUGGAGAGCAGCAGCCGCAAGACGCAGACCCUGGAGAGUGAGUUGGGCGAGCUGGAGGCCGAGCGCCAGGCACUGCGGCGGGACCUGGAGGCCCUCCGGCUGGCCAAUGCACAGCUGGAGGGAGCUGAGAAGGACAGGAAGGCCCUGGAGCAGGAGGUGGCCCAGCUUGAGAAGGAUAAGAAGCUGCUGGAGAAGGAGGCCAAGCGGCUGUGGCAGCAGGUGGAGCUCAAGGACGCAGUCUUGGACGAUAGCACUGCCAAACUGUCUGCAGUCGAGAAGGAGAGCCGUGCGCUGGACAAGGAGCUGGCCCGCUGCAGGGACGCGGCCGGCAAGCUGAAGGAGCUGGAGAAGGACAACCGGGACCUCACCAAGCAAGUCACCGUGCAUGCGAGGACGCUGACGACUCUGAGGGAGGACCUGGUGCUGGAGAAGCUGAAGAGCCAGCAGCUCAGCAGUGAGCUGGACAAGCUGAGCCAGGAACUGGAGAAGGUCGGCCUCAACAGGGAGCUGCUGCUGCAGGAGGACGACAGCGGCAGUGACACAAAAUACAAGAUUUUGGAGGGCAGAAAUGAAUCAGCAUUAAAAACAACACUAGCCAUGAAAGAAGAAAAGAUUGUGCUUUUGGAAGCACAGAUGGAAGAGAAAGCGAGCCUAAAUCGCCAGUUAGAGAGCGAGCUGCAGAUGCUGAAGAAGGAGUGUGAGACCCUCAGGCAGAACGAGGGAGAGGGGCAGCACUUGCAGAACUCUUUCAAGCACCCUGCGGGGAAGACAGCCGCCAGUCACCAGGGGAAGGAGGCCUGGGGGCCCGGCCACAAGGAAGCCACCAUGGAGCUUCUCCGAGUGAAGGACCGGGCCAUCGAGCUGGAGCGGAAUAACGCAGCUCUGCAGGCUGAGAAGCAGCUGCUCAAGGAACAGCUGCAGCACCUGGAGACCCAGAAUGUGACCUUCAGCAGCCAGAUCUUGACACUGCAGAAACAGAGCGCCUUCCUGCAGGAGCACAACACCACACUGCAGACACAGACCGCCAAGCUGCAGGUGGAGAACUCCACACUGAGCUCCCAGAGUGCCGCGCUCACCGCGCAGUACGCGCUGCUUCAGAACCACCACACGGCCAAGGAGACGGAGAACGAGAGCCUGCAGAGGCAGCAGGAGCAGCUUACAGCGGCCUACGAGGCCCUGCUGCAGGACCACGAGCACCUGGGAACGCUGCACGAGCGGCAAUCGGCCGAGUACGAGGCCCUCAUCCGCCAGCACAGCUGCCUGAAGACGCUGCAUCGGAACCUGGAGUUGGAGCACAAGGAGCUCGGGGAGAGACACGGUGACAUGCUGAAGCGCAAGGCGGAGCUGGAGGAGCGGGAGAAGGUCUUGACCACGGAGCGGGAGGCGCUGCAGCAGGAGCAGAGGACAAACGCCCUCGCUGUGGGCGAGAACCAGAGGCUGCGGGGCGAACUGGACAGGGUCAAUUUCCUGCACCACCAGCUGAAGGGGGAGUACGAGGAGCUGCACGCUCACACCAAGGAGCUGAAAACCUCACUGAACAACGCGCAGCUGGAGCUCAACCGCUGGCAGGCCCGCUUUGACGAGCUGAAGGAGCAGCACCAGACCAUGGACAUCUCGCUGACCAAGCUGGACAACCACUGCGAGCUGCUCUCCCGUCUCAAGGGGAACUUGGAGGAAGAAAAUCAUCACCUCCUGAGCCAGAUCCAGCUGUUGAGCCAGCAGAACCAGAUGCUUCUAGAGCAGAACAUGGAGAACAAGGAGCAGUACCAUGAGGAGCAGAAGCAGUACAUAGACAAAUUAAAUGCCUUACGAAGACAUAAGGAAAAGCUGGAAGAAAAAAUCAUGGAUCAAUACAAGUUCUAUGAUCCUCCUCCAAAGAAGAAGAACCACUGGAUUGGAGCCAAAGCCUUAGUCAAACUCAUCAAACCAAAGAAAGAGGGUUCGAGGGAACGCUUAAAAUCCACCGUGGACAGCCCUCCCUGGCAGCUGGAGUCCCCAGACCCCGCCUCGCCGGCGGCCUCUCAGCCUCUCAGAUCACAGCCCGAGAUCUCCGACACCCCCCCACUGGGCUCCAGCUGUACAGAAGAGCGCGACGCCCACAACGGGUCUGCGGGGAAAGGCCCUGGGGAUCCAAAACCAAAGCGAGGCUCCCCGCACAGAGGCAGCCUUGACCGCACAGAUGCCUCCACCGAUCCGGCCAUGAGGUCCUGGCCCUCGGAGCUGGGCUCCCGGACCUGCUCAACUUCAGCCACCACUACAGCCCCCUCCAGCUCCACCCCCAUCGCCCGGCACCCGGGCCGCACCAAAGCCUAUAACUCAGAUGACAACCUCUGCGAGCCAUCCCUGGAGUUUGAGGUCCCCAACCACAGGCAGUACGUGUCGCGGCCAAGUAGCUUAGAGAGCAGUAGAAACACAUCCAGCAACAGCUCACCUCUUAACCUAAAAGGCUCCUCCGAGCAGCUCCAUGGCCGGUCCGAGAGCUUCAGCAGCGAAGACCUGAUCCCUAGCAGGGACCUGGCCACUCUGCCCCGGGAAGCCAGCACACCAGGACGCAAUGCCCUCGGCCGCCACGAGUACCCCUUGCCCCGGAACGGGCCCCUCCCACAGGAGGGUGCCCAGAAGAGGGGCACAGCUCCUCCCCACGUCGGAGUGCGGCCCUGCUCGGCCUCCCCCAGCAGUGAGAUGGUCACCUUGGAGGAGUUCCUGGAGGAGAGCAACCGCAGCUCCCCCACCCACGACACUCCCAGUUGCCGGGAUGACCUGCUGAGUGACUACUUUCGAAAGGCCAGCGAUCCCCCAGCCAUCGGAGGCCAACCAGGACCACCUGCCAAGAAAGAAGGGACCAAGAUGCCCACCAGCUUUGUGGCCCCCACCGUCAAGGUGGCCACCCCCACUUUGGAGGGGAGGCCGCUGAAGCCCGGGCAGUAUGUAAAGCCAAACUUCAGACUGACUGAGGCCGAGGCCCCACCCAGCGUGGCCCCGAGACAGGCCUUGCUUCCCCAGAGCCUGUCUCUGGGCAGACCCCGGCAGGCUCCGGUGCCCCCAAUUUCCCACGCACCUGCCAGCCGCAGUGCCUCCCUGAGCCGGGCCUUCAGCCUGGCCUCAGCUGACCUUCUCCGGGCCAGCGGGCCAGAGGCCUGCAAACAGGAGUCCCCUCAGAAGCUGGGGCCUCCUGAGGCCUUAGGGGGCAGAGAGACAGGCAGCCACACCCUGCAAAGCCCAGCACCCCCCAGCUCCCACAGCUUGGCCCGGGAGCGGACCCCACUUGUGGGAAAGGCUGGCAGCUCCUGUCAGGGCCCAGGUCCCCGCAGCCGGCCGCUGGACACGAGGCGCUUCUCCCUGGCUCCCCCAAAGGAGGAAAGGCUGGCCCCCCUGCAUCAGUCUGCCACAGCCCCCGCCAUUGCCACUGCAGGUGCUGGUACUGCUGUUGCUGGCAGUGGCAGCAACUCCCAGCUCCCACACUUCUCACCUGCUGCAGCCCCGGCUGCCAGGACCAAGCCCAAGGCGCCCCCACACUCGGGAGAGGUGGCCACCAUCGUCCCCGUCCGGGCGGGGCUCAGCCUCUCAGAGGGAGACGGGGUCCUGGGGCAGGGCGGCAGCGAGGGGCUCCCGGCCAAGAGCCCAAGUCGGUCUUCUGAUUUGGCUCCCCACCCCGGCCGGGUCCCUGAGGACUGCAGUCGAGGGAGCAUGUCCAAGAGCACUCCUGCCUCCCCGGAGCCAGGCGGGGACCCACAGACCGUGUGGUAUGAGUACGGCUGCGUGUGACUGUCUCGUGGUUGAGCUUGCAAACCUGAAAACUACUGACACGCCUUCUGACUCUCACGGCCUUUUCUCCUGCUUGCCUGCGGUGUCAGGAAAGGGUUUGGAAUGAGGAAAGGGGUUCCCAUGCAUUUCUGCUGUUUGUUCUGUGAAUGGAAACACUGUGCCAAGUCCCAAGAGGAUUACGCUUCCAGGUGUGUAACGUGUUUUCUGUGUCUGCCGCUUCCAGCAGCUGAUAUCUUUGGAACAAAUCCACGUCAGCAUGGGGACAAAUUAGGAUGCAGUGACAAACUGACUUCCCCCAAAGCAGACGCGUCUCCAGUAUGUCCCAGUAGAACACUCAUUUGCAAUGUGUUGAGCUCCAUUAAGCACACACACACUCACACAACAGGCUCACAAGGCUCAGGCCUGGCGGGUUGAAAAGCCCACUCCCUCUCCCAAAGGCCAUUGGGUCCCAGGAGAAGCCCAGACUGGUAAUACUAAGGUCUCCAGGGCCUUGGGCAGACCCCAGAGGCAGGCCUGCUGGUAAAAAGUGAGAGAGCUGCUGUUCCAUUCCUGGGUUCCCAAGCACUUCCCUUUACCCCAGGACCCAGGGCAGCUGGUGGUGGCCUUGGCCAUUUGCCCCCAGCCUCCAGCUGGCUCCUGAGCUCUGCACCGGGGAGUUUGGGGACCACAUAGCUACCUGCCUUCCUAGAUUUCCCUGGCUCACUUUUCUGCAAACACUGGAUCUGCCAGGCCUGGGGAUUGGGGGGCAGGACAGAGGCCCCCAUCCAGCCCCCUCCAGGCCAGUGUGCACAGUGCACCGAGGGGUCACCCGCACAGAGCAAGGUGCAAGCUUGAUGUAUAACCUGGCUGCAGCACCCGACUUCCCCAGUCUCAGAUGGGGUGUUGAUUGAUUUCUGAGUAACUUUUUGGGUAUAGAAACCAGUUUUUUUUAAUAUAUGACAUAUAUAUGUACACACUCAUGUGAAAUAUGUAUACUUGGGGGGGGAUCUAUUUAUGCUCCAGUGGGAGUCCCUCUCUCCUGUCAGGAAUCUCACCUGCUGCUUUGUGUCUUUGGUCAGAUUCCUGACAAUUUAGUUUCCUGUUAUAAAGGUGCUUUUCCUGGGGUGAACUAAACCUAUUGAUUUUUUUUUUUUAAAUUUUUUUCCCUUUUGAUUUAAUAUACUGAGAAAGAAAUGGGAGACUUUUGAAUGUUAACAAGAUCCAUUUUAGGAGUGUUUGGGGUUGUGUAUUAAAUAGCCGUUCGUUCUGGAACUCAAGGACAGGAUUGUAAUAAAAUGGAAUGGAACCGAA